ACCUUUAUAAAUCAACCAAACAUACUUCUAACACUAGGCGACUAGUGCUUCACCCAAAUCACCACCCUCUUAUUAUAACACAACCAAAUAUAAUUUUCCAUGCACUCGUUCGAUUCUCUCUCUUCCUCUCCCCCUCACACACACACACAUACCCCCUGCUACAAUUAUAACAUCACACGUCAAAUAAAAUUAAUACGAACCUCACUAUCUAAUGACCCAGCAGUUGGAGAAUGUUAAAAUGGGCUACAAAAUUUACAACACAGACAGCAACGAUGUGAGAGCUAUGGAUGUUAUGUCUCAAGUAGACGCAGCAGCAGUGUCAGUAGCAGCGGUUGUCCAUUACAAUCAACAGCGCAGCUCCUCAGCCCAGCUGCCAGUUUCUGCAGCAUACCUGCAUAACAAUCAGCAGUACUAUGCCGGCCACCUCUCCAGCGUAUCAACCCUUCAGUCACAUAAUGCAAUGCCUGUCCAUCCUGGUGGGGCUAUUCCAGGUGACUUCAAUCCAGAUGGCAGCAUCCCUGGCGGUAUUCUGCCAUACCCUGCAGCCACAGCAACGCUAUCUGUGUUAACAAGUCAGCUCUACAGACAGAAUCAGCCUGCCCAGUACUACUAUAUGCCCAUAUCCACUGGUCAAUAUUUGCACCCGUACAUGUGCACUCCGCCACUCGAGGCUGCGCACGGUGCUGCUUUCCAAAUCCAGACAAAUAAAACCCAUUCCGAUUCCAACGUGGCAACAGCCAUUCACUCGGUGUCAACAACACCUGCAACAGCGUCAGUUCAGGACCAAUGUGCCAAUACCAUACUCGCCAAUGGCAAGGGUAAUUUUACAGACAACGCUAUAUCAGAGUCGCACAUAUCUGUAACUCACGGGAGACCAGCGUCACCAAAGCAGUCAAUGAUUGACACCAUGUCUGAUAAUAACAAUGAUUCUGAUGAAGACGCAAUCGCUUUGGUAACACGUUUCAAGUCUGGUGACUCCUCAGAGCUUUGGCUUGAUCUCUACAAGAAUGAGGGCCAAUCGGCCAAUGGCUGGAGUGACAACAAGCUAGCAGCGAGACUCCAGGACCACCUGCCGCUCGAAUUGGUCACGCAGCGGCAGUGGGCACUGGCAAAGGCUUGUGGCAGAUGGAAGGAAGUCCAGGCAUGCUUCAUUGAGCAAGCGCAUGAAGCCAUUAACCCUUUUGAGGUGAGCAGCGAUUUGCUGAGGAUAAUGCAUAAGAACUGCCGCACAUAUGCGGAAUAUGGACACAGAGUAGCACAUGCAUUUUUCAGAAUUUCGCCGCUAGCCUGUCCAGUUUACGAGCCGCGAGUUGUCCGGUAACUGCAUCUUACCCAUGCGCAAUCCAGCUCGAGCAAAAAGGUUUUCCCACGACAGGCCGCAAAAUAAUGAAGUGGGCUGAGAAGAGCCCGGAGGCUCGCGAAAUACCGGCUGUAACCCGGACGUCAACAAAGCGACAACGCGAGAAAUACAUGUCCGAAGAAGAAAUGCAAUCGGACCACUACGAAAGUUCGCACCACAGCCCGUCGCCAUCGCCAUCGCCAUCUGAACACUCACUACGCCUGAUGCCCGAACCCGACAUAUCACCCAUUGUGUUUCCCUCGCCCUAUGCUUCUGAGAGCAGUAUCCAGUGCAAGUAUUGUCGGCAGUUUGUCCACAAAAUUCGGGAUUGCCCUGACAAAGACUGUAAAGCCUCUUGAUUUUACCGCAGCGGGAUCCAGUUUGUUGGAAUAUCGCAUGCAUUAAGGACGAGGCUUGCCAACCAGCUGCGCAUUAGUGACCGGCGCAAGUUGCGGCGCAAGUGAAUGGC